GAUUUUUCUGCGGCAGUUUAGAGAAUUUACGAUACGUUGGGCGUGUGUGCCACAGUUUGAAAUGGCCAGCAUUGCAGGAAAACGUAUCCAAAAAGAGCUAGCUGAGCUGAAGAAAUCAGAUGAGGCAGCACAAAAUCAAUUGGAAAUAGAACCAUUUAAUGAGAAUAAUGUCAUGCAUUUAUGUGGUUGUAUCAAAGGUCCACCAGAUACUCCUUAUACUGGUGCUAAAUUCAAACUAGACAUUAUAAUUCCUGAUAAUUAUCCAUUUGUUCCUCCAAAGGUUAAAUUCCUCACUAAAAUUUGGCAUCCUAAUAUUAGUAGUGCUACAGGUGUCAUAUGUCUUGAUGUCCUGAAAGAUCAGUGGGCUGCUGCUAUGUCAUUACGUACUAUUCUUCUAUCAAUUCAAGCGUUAUUAGCUUCUCCAGAACCAGAUGAUCCACAAGAUGCAGUUGUAGCUAAUCAAUACAAAAGCAGCAUAGAUGCUUUCAAUUUAACUGCACGUCAUUGGGCAGGUAUUUAUGCUGAAGGACCCGGAUCUGAUCCACGUUGUCUUGAAUUAGUAGAUAAACUUGUUCAAAUGGGUUUUAAAGAGGCUGACGCUUGCUGUGCAUUGUCUAUGAAGAAUUGGGAUUUAGCUAUGGCAACAGAACAUUUAAUAAAAUAA